CGGAGCUCAUGUGAAUGCCUAGUACACACUUCACCGACGGACUGCACGGGCGGAGAGCGACGGAGCGGUGAAAUGGAUGAUGGAAAGCCGGUGUGGGCGCCCCACCCUACGGAUGGGUUCCAGCUGGGCAGAAUCAUCGACAUCAGUGCCGAUAGUCUGACCAUCGAGCCUCUCAACCAGAGAGGGAAGAAUUUUCAAGCUCCUGUCAAUCAAGUCUUCCCUGCUGAAGAUGAUGUCAACAAACAUGUGGAGGACAACUGCUCACUGAUGUACUUGAAUGAAGCCACGCUACUAAAUAAUGUCCGUGUGCGCUACAGUAAAGAUAAGAUUUAUAAUGCAGUAGUAGGUGGUUUCGUGUCCCAUUACCUGCUGGAGAAGUCCCGUAUCUGCACGCAGGGCCAGGAGGAGAGGAACUAUCACAUCUUCUACAGGCUGUGCGCUGGAGCUCCUGAAGACAUCAAGGAGAAGUUCCACCUCAGCUCUCCAGACUGCUUCAGGUAUCUAAGUCGAGGAUGCACAAGGUACUUUUCUACCAAGGAUUCAGACAAGCUGAUACCUCAAAACCGCAAGAGUCCAGAGGAUGAGAAGCAUCUGAAGGCAGGUCCUCUGAAAGACCCUCUACUGGACGAUCAUGCCGACUUUAACAGAAUGUGUGUGGCCAUGAAGAAGAUCGGUCUGGAUGACACGGAGAAGCUCAACAUGUUCAGGGUGGUGGCUGGGGUGUUGCACCUCGGAAACAUUGAUUUUGAGGAGGCUGGAAGCACCUCAGGUGGCUGUGUCUUGAAGAAGACGUGCAGUCAGCCGUUAGAGUUCUGUGCGGAGCUGUUGGGUCUGGAUGAGGAAGAUCUGAGGGUCAGUCUGACCACCAGAGUCAUGCACACCACUGCAGGGGGCGCUAAAGGCACAGCCAUCAAGGUUCCUCUGAAGGUGGAGCAGGCCAGCAGUGCUCGUGAUGCUCUGGCUAAAGCCAUCUACAGCCGUCUCUUCGAUCACGUGGUCACCAGGAUCAACCAGUGCUUCCCCUUCGACUCGUCUGCUCACUUCAUCGGUGUGCUGGACAUCGCUGGCUUUGAGUAUUUCGAGCACAACAGUUUUGAGCAGUUCUGCAUUAACUACUGUAAUGAGAAACUCCAGCAGUUCUUCAAUGAGCGCAUUCUCAAAGAAGAGCAGGAAUUGUAUCAAAGAGAAGGUCUGGGGGUCAAUGAGGUCCAUUACGUUGAUAAUCAGGACUGUAUAGACUUGGUGGAGGCGAAGUUAGUUGGCAUCUUGGAUAUCUUGGAUGAAGAGAACCGGCUACCUCAACCCAGCGACCAGCACUUCACUGAAACCGUCCACGGCAAACACAAGGACCAUUUCCGCCUGACUGUUCCCAGGAAGUCCAAGCUGACAGUGCACAGGAACGUCAGAGACGACGAGGGCUUCAUCAUAAGACACUUUGCUGGCGCAGUCUGCUAUGAAACGACUCGGUUUGUGGAGAAGAAUAACGAUGCUCUUCACACGUCCUUGGCGAGUCUGGUGAGUGAGUCGAAGGACAAAUUCAUCGGAGAGCUCUUCGAGAACUCCAACCACUCCAAAGACACCAAGCAGAAGGCCGGCAAACUGAGCUUCAUCAGUGUAGGCAACAAAUUCAAGACGCAACUGAAUAUUCUUCUGGAAAAGCUGCACAGUACUGGUUCAAGUUUUGUCCGCUGUGUGAAGCCCAAUCUGAAGAUGGUCAGCCAUCAUUUUGAGGGCGCUCAGAUUCUGUCUCAACUACAGUGCUCAGGGAUGGUGUCAGUACUGGAUCUGAUGCAGGGCGGCUUCCCCUCUCGAGCGCCAUUCCACGAGCUCUACAACAUGUACAAGCAGUACAUGCCCGCCAAACUGACACGGCUCGACCCGCGACUCUUCUGCAAGGCUUUGUUCAAAGCUCUCGGCCUGAAUGAAAAUGAUUAUAAAUUUGGUUUGACAAAAGUUUUCUUCAGACCUGGAAAGUUUGCGGAGUUCGAUCAGAUCAUGAAGUCAGAUCCAGAUCAUCUGGCUGAACUGGUGAAGCGUGUUAAUAAAUGGCUCAUCUGCAGCCGCUGGAAGAAGGUGCAGUGGUGCGCCCUGUCCGUCAUUAAACUGAAAAACAAGAUGCUGUACCGAGCCAAAGCGUGUAUCCAGAUGCAGAAGACCGUCCGCAUGUGGCUGUGCCAGAGGAAACACAAACCCCGGAUCGAUGGGCUGGUGAAGGCACGUAACCUGAAGAAGAGGAUGGAGAAGCUGAAUGAGGUGGUGUCUGGACUAAAGGAGGGAAAACAGGAGAUGAGCAAACACAUGCAGGAACUCGAUUCCUCUAUCAACGCCCACAUACUCAAGAUAAAGAGCACUGUAAUGAGCCGCAUAGACAUCGACCAUGAGCACCAGGCUCUGGUCACUCGCUCGCAGGAGCUACUCAGCGCCAUGCAGAAGAAGAAGCAGGAGGAGGAGGAGAUGGAGCGUCUGAGACGCAUCCAAGAGGAAAUGGAAAGAGAGAGGAAGAGACGUGAGGAAGAGGAGCAGAAGCGCAAACAAGAGGAAGAGGACAGACGCCUGAAAGCCGGGAUGGAGUUGAAGAGGAAGCAGGAAGAAGAAGAGCGCAAGAAAAGAGAGGAGGAGGAGAGGAGACUGCAGGAGGAGAUGGAGCUGCAGCUGCAGGCGGAGAGGGAGCAGGAGACGGCCCGACAGCCCGUCCUGGAGCAAGAGCGGCGAGACCGAGAGCUGGCCCUGCGGAUCGCUCGGAGCGAGGCUGAGCUCAUCCCAGAGGAGACGCCCGUGGAAGCCGGACUGCGCAGUGUUGCACCACCACCACAAAAACUCAAGAGCUUGACCAUGGAGGAAAUGGCCAAGGAAAUGUCUGAUCUUCUGGCUCGAGGUCCACAGGUGACUGCCACAAAUGCUCAAGCUGAUGUGAAGAAAUAUGAACUCAGCAAGUGGAAAUAUGCUGAAUUACGGGACGCCAUCAAUACAUCCUGUGAUAUCGAGUUGUUAUCUGCGUGUCGUGAGGAGUUUCACCGCAGACUGAAGGUCUAUCACGCGUGGAAGUCAAAGAACAAGAAACGCAACACUCAGGAUGAGCAGAGAGCACCAAAAGCCAUCACAGACUAUGCCCAGCAGAACCCGGUUGUGCCUGUCCUGCCCCGGCAGCAAGAGAUCGUCAUGAACAGACAGCAACGCUUCUUUCGCAUUCCCUUCAUCCGACCAGGAGACCAAUACAAAGACCCUCAGAACAAGAAAGGAUGGUGGUAUGCACACUUUGAUGGGCCUUGGAUUGCCAGACAGAUGGAGCUGCACCCGGAUAAACACCCCAUUCUGCUGGUGGCAGGUCUGAUUCACUUUCACUGUCAUCUUUUUCUCUCAUUUGGAGAUGUCGGUUCAUUGCCUUACCUCACUUUAAUUUCUCACAGCAUUACAUUUGCUCUUGAGAGAAGCUGUUGGUGUCAGUGA